CCAGACUCCGAUUCUACCCCUAAUGGGGAAGCUCGACCUUGGCGCCGCGAACCCUCCUCCUGGUGCUCUCGGGGGCCCUGGCCCUGACCCAGACCCGGGCGGGCUCCCACUCCCUGAGGUAUUUCAGCACCUCCAUGUCCCGGCCCGACCGCGGGGAUUCCCGCUUCAUCGCCGUCGGCUACGUGGACGACACGCAGUUCGUGCGCUUCGACAGCGACGCCCCGAGUCCGAGGAUGGAGCCGCGGGCGCCGUGGGUGGAGCAAGAGGGGCCGGAGUAUUGGGAGCGGAACACGCGGAUCUUAAUGCAGAACGCACAGACUUACCGAGUGAACCUGCGGACCCUGCGCGGCUACUACAACCAGAGCGAGGCCGGGUCUCACACUCUCCAGAGGAUGUACGGCUGUGACGUGGAGCCGGACGGGCGCCUCCUCCGCGGGUACCAUCAGGAAGCCUACGACGGCGCCAAUUACAUCGCCCUGAACGAGGACCUGCGCUCCUGGACGGCGGCGGACACGGCGGCUCAGAUCUCCCGGCGCGAGCUGGAGGAGGCCAGAGAUGCAGACUACUACAGAGCCUACCUGGAGGGGGAGUGCGUGGAGUGGCUCCAACGAUACCUGAAGAAAGGAAAGGAGAUGCUGCAGCGCUCAGACCCCCCAAAGGCACACGUGACCCACCACCCCAACUCUGACCAUGAGGUCGCACUAAGGUGCUGGGCUCUGGGCUUCUACCCGACGGAGAUCACGCUGACCUGGCAGCAGGACGGGGAGGAUCAGACCCAGGACACAGAGUUUGUGGAGACCAGGCCUGCGGGGGAUGGAACCUUCCAGAAGUGGGCAGCUGUGGUGGUGCCCUCUGGAGAGGAGCAGAGAUACACGUGCCAUGUGCAGCACGAGGGGCUGUCUGAGCCCCUCACCCUGAGAUGGGAGCCGCCUUCACAUCCCACCAUCCUCAUCAUGGGAAUCGUGGCUGGCCUGGUUCUCCUUGGAGCUGUGGUGGCUGGAGUUCUGAUCUGCAGGAAGAAUCGCUCAGAUAGACAAGGAGAGAGCUAUGCUCAGGCUGCUCGCAGCAACAGUGCCCACGGCUUGGAUGUGUCUCUCACGGCUCCUGAAGUAUUACAAUACCGUAGGAUACAAGAUUUGAUCACUCUCCGACAUGUGACUUCAGGAACCCCUUCCUUUGCAAUAUGAAGACUUUUCUUUCUGUGUUAGAAUCUAAAUGUGUUACUACAAUGUGAAGAUGGGGGAGAUGGCUCAUGCAUUCCCCCAACUUCCUCUCCACACUGACCUGUGUUCCCUGCAGGGAUUGAUUUUCCUUUUCCUGCAGCAUCAGUAUUGGAUGUUUCCACCCAUGUCUUAACUUCUUGUUGCUCUGAGCUGCCCCUUCUCACUUCCCUUCUUAGUGAGAAUAUGCCUGUGAUUUUGUAUUUACAAAUUCUUGCUGUUAGGGAGGGUUGAUGAAUCAAUUGAGGGAAAAGAUUUUUUAAUUGAAGAAAGGAAAUAAAUUGACUUGAGAACCGUA